UGUUAGAUAAUUAAAUACAUAGUAACUGUAUUGUACAGCUACAGAAAAAAAACACUAGAAAAUAAAGAGUUGGAGUACCACAGUUACAGAUAAGAGGAAGAUAAAGGUAUAGAACACAAACAAACUUGGAUCAGAACCAUAUUUGUGGUGCAAAUAUGGUUACUGGGAAGACAUGUACAAUGUACUGUGUGGAGAGGGAGAUCCUGGAUGAACAACGACUGGAGGAGCUGUCUCGAAGGCUCGACUCUUCACAAACUCACACCCUUUUCUCACAUCGCCUGAAAAACUCACUCAGGUGUUCUAUUCCCAAACUGAAACGUACAGUGGUAGGCUUUCUGCCUGUGCUUUACUGGUUACCACAUUAUUCUGUUUGGGACUAUGGCAUGCCUGACCUCAUCUCUGGAAUCAGUGUGGGCAUUAUGCACCUGCCACAAGGAAUGGCCUAUGCAUUGCUGGCUUCUCUGCCUCCAGUGUUUGGACUUUAUUCUUCCUUUUAUCCUGCACUUGUUUAUUUUUUCUUUGGUUCCUCCAGACAUAUUUCUAUAGGUACAUUUACAAUUCUCAGUAUUAUGGUGGGGAGUGUUACAGAGAGGCUUGCCCCUGAUGAGAAUUUUCUCAUCGUUAAUAAAACUAGUGGAAUAGAGGAGGUUGACAUCACUGCUAGAGAUCUGUACAGAGUCCAGGUUGCUGCUGCAACUACAGUACUCGGGGGAUCAAUUCAGGUGAUUCUGGGUUUGAUGCAGUUUGGGUUUGUGGGCACAUAUCUCUCUGAGCCAUUAGUGCGAGCUUACACCUCAGCAGCAGCUGCACACGCAGUACUGGCACAAUUAAAGACCAUCUUCGGAGUGUCUCCUGCCCGCUUCAGUGGACCACUGUCAAUGGUGUAUACACUAGUGGAUGUGUGUGGGCUACUUCCAAAUACUCAUCUCCCCACUCUGGUGGUCAGUGUACUGUCCAUCGUAAUCCUAAUCACUGCAAAAGAAUUAAACAACAGGUGCAGAAAGAAGCUGCAAGUACCUAUACCGGUGGAGCUCAUUGUUAUUGUGGUGGGAACAUUAAUUUCAUUCUAUGCUCAUCUAAAUGAGACAUAUGAGAUUUCAGUAGUAGGGAAGAUCCCUAGUGGGAUUCAGCCCCCCACUAUGCCAAAUGCCAGUAUAUUUCCUGAGGUUGUUGUGGAUGCCUUUGCCUUGGCCAUUGUUGGCUAUGCCAUCUCUGUGUCUUUGGGAAAAACCUUUGCUCUCAAACAUGGCUACAAAAUAGACAGCAGUCAGGAGUUGGUGGCUCUAGGUCUCAGUAAUGCAGUUGGAGGUUUUUUCCAGUGUUACUCUGUCUGUGCCUCCAUGUCUCGCAGUCUCAUACAGGAGACCACUGGAGGCAGGACACAGAUGGCAGGGAUUGCAUCAUCUGUGAUAGUGCUCGUGACUAUGAUGAAGUUAGGCUCACUGUUUCAGGAGCUGCCUAAGGCAGUCCUUGCUGCCAUUGUAUUUGUGAAUCUAAAGGGCAUGUUCAAGCAGUAUACUGACAUUGUCACACUGUGGAGAAGAAACAAGAUUGAUCUGGUGGUUUGGUUGGUGACGUGGGUGUCCACUCUCCUUCUUAAUCUGGAUAUGGGUCUGGCAGCCUCCAUUAGCUUUGCCAUGCUGACUGUUAUCUUUAGAACGCAGAGUCCUCGAUACUCUGUGCUUGGACAUCUACCUGGUACAGAGCUUUAUUUGGACUUGGAGUCACACAGAGAGGUUAGGGAAGUACCAGGCAUCACCAUAUUCCGUUCUUCAGCUACCAUAUACUUUGCUAAUGCAGAACUCUACCUAGAAGCACUGAAAGAAAAGAGUGGCUUGGAUAUCACUAAGAUGAUCACUUAUAAGCGUAGACAGGAGGCCAAACAGAGAAAAAGAGACAGGAGAGCAGCAAGAAGAGCAAAGAGACAAGCCAAAAGACAAAAACAAGCUCUCAGAGCAGCCUCUCAGCGAUCUAGAGGGGGUGUGUUCUCAGUUGAAGAAGAGGCAGGGCAGCUGGGAGAAAGAGGCAGAGACUUCAUCCAAGAUGAAGAGUCAGGCUGGAAAAACCGCGAGAACAGUACAGUGUUUAUUAUGCCUGAGACGCCAAACAAUAGCUGGGUGUACCUGAAGGGCACAGACCCCGAAACCACGACACUGGGAUCAAUGUCAGAUUUGCAGGAUGGGGACAUCACUACACUGGGAUGCAGUAGUGAGGAUACCCUCAGCAGGGAUCUUGAAAGAAUUUCAUUGGGUUCACUGGGUAAGUGGACCUGGGACAUCCACUCUAUCAUCCUGGACCUUUCUACAGCCAACUUCAUUGAUACAGUGGCCCUCAAGACUUUAAGAAAUAUAUUUCAUGAUUUUGGAGAGAUUGAUGUGGAUAUCUACAUAGCAGGCUGUCAAGCACCUGUGGUGGAACAGCUGGAACAAGGUGGCUUUUUUUCAGACAUCACCAAAGAACGGCUCUUCACUACAGUGCAUGAUGCAGUGCUUUACUGCAUCAACCUUCGCGGUGAUGGAACUCUGCCAAACUAUGACAUAAAAGUGCAUAUGAGCAACACCAGACUAUGAGGAUUGUACUAUCUACAUCUCCUGAAGUCUACUCCUGUCUCACAACCACCCACCCACCCACGUAGAGUACAUCCAGACCUCAGUUGUCAUAUAUGACUUGAAUGACAGUAAUAUCUUAGACAUCAUGGUUCAUUCCUGACAGCAGCAUGAGUUUAGUGGUUCAAAAAAUUACAUUGUUCCAUUUUGUGAUUAAACAAUGAAACAUUGAAAUAUAAACAGCUGAUUACAGAAUUUUUUGAAUUAUGGAUUUAUGAUUCAUUGAUUAAAUUAGUAAUUAAUAUCAUAGUAGUGUCAAUUAAAAUAUACUAAUUCAAAUUAUUACAGGGCACAAAAAUGAAUUCAUAAGAAUUUCCUAAUGAGUGACAAUUAUGCAUUACAUUUUCAAUUUGUUUGUAAAAAAGAAUUUACACAAUUAUAACUUUGUGGGUUUUUUAUGAAUUUAUUUGUGUAUUCUGAGAACAUUGCACACAUUCUGAAAACAAUGUUACAAUAAAUAAUAUAAAUAAAAGAAAUCAAAACAGCAAUUGAACAUCUUUGGAUACAGGUGUAAAAUGCUACAGUAUUGACCAAACAAAUAGAAGUAAAUAAUCUCAACCCCUAAAGUAUCUGUUUGUGCAAGAAUCAUUUAAGCAUGUUCGUUCCUCUCUGAGGUAAUGCAUGUAUGACCAGAUGUAUAAUAUUCUUGGUAUGUUUAAAUGGAUUCAUUUAAGUUUGAAAGGGUUAAUAACUAAAAAACUAAACCAGACUAUAAUGAGCUGAUGUUGAUGACAUCCGUGGUAAUGUAUAUGUACUUAAUACCAAUUAUCAAAACUCAAGUUAACAUUCUUUUACACUCUUUAGGAGGUAUUGCAUAAAUAUGUAAACAAAGGUUAUAAAAUAUGGCUGCAUUCCCAUAAAUAAAUAAAGGUGACAUCUCCCAUACGGUACUUGGGUUCACUCCCCCAUCUGGGAAAGUGCACCACACUAUACCAAUAAGUCCUUGGGCAAGACUAAUAACACUACAUGCUUACCUCUGUAAUAUGACUGAUGUUGUCAGCUGCUCUGGAUAAGAGUGUUUGACAAAUGUAAAUGUAACAGAGCAACCAAAAAACAUCCAUAAUUGCAUAAAUCUCUAG